AUGCAGAUCGCGCGUGCGGGGAUCGCUCCGACCGCGCGCCGCCCGCAUCGCCUCUCCUCGCGCCGCCCCCGCCAACUUCACCGCGCAGUCUCCAACAAUCGGACCAAUCGGACCAGCUUCCCGCUCCGCCCCGCCGCGGUGCUCACCCCGCCGCCCCCUUCCCCAACGCGCACCGACGCCGAGCGCCGCGCCGAGGAGGCCCUGCUCGCCGGCGACGAUUCCGACGGCACCAUCGCCGGCUUCACCAAACUCGAGUGGUCGUGCAUCCAGACCCCCGCGCGGUACCUCGGCAACGAGGUGGGCGCGGUGCACAAAGACUGGAACGACGCGCAAGUCAGGUUCACGAUGGCGUACCCGGAGAUUUACGAGGUGGGCGCCUCCAACCUCGGCCACGUCGUGCUGUACACCAUCCUCAACAACCAGCCCGGGAUGCUGUGCGAUCGCGCGUACCUCCCGGGCGACGACAUGCUUCAGCUGCUCAAAUCCAAAAACCGCGACCUCUUCGCCGUGGAGUCCAAGCGGCCGCUCAAGCACUUCGACGCGCUGGGGAUGUCCCUGGCGUACGAGCUCGGCGCGGUGAACGUGCUGGAGAUGAUGCACCUGUCGGGGCUCCCGUUGACCCAUAAGGCGAGGGACGACAAACCCGACGAGGCGUGGAACGUGGACGAAGGAUCGUGGCCGCUCGUAUUCGUCGGGGGCCCGACGGCGACGUCCAACCCGGAGCCCAUAGCCGAUUUCGUCGAUUUCGUCGCGCUCGGCGACGGCGAGGACGUCAUGGUGGAGAUUGGCGAGUGCUUGAAAAAGACAAAGUCUGAGGGGUUGAACCGCGAAGAGACGCUGUAUCGGUUGGCGACGGAGGUUGAGGGAAUCUACGCGCCCCGCUUCUACGAUUCCCCAAAAGGGUGGGGAGGCGCGGUGUUUCCCACGAGGGAAGGGGUCCCGGAGCGGUGCAAGAGAAGGGUCGCGGACCCGGAUCCGUUGCUUCAGGUGGGCCUAGUGCCGUACGUCAGCACGGUGCACGACCGGCUGACGGUGGAGAUUCGAAGGGGGUGCACGCGGGGGUGCCGGUUCUGUCAACCCGGCAUGCUCACCCGCCCCGCACGGGACGUCCCACCCGAGAAGGUCAUAGAGGCGGUGGAGAAGGGGAUGAGGGAGACGGGGUACAACGAGUUUUCGCUUCUGUCGCUCAGCUGCAGCGAUUACCUCGCGUUGCCGAGCGUGGGGCUGGAGAUUAAAAACCGGCUCAGGGACGAAAACGUGACGCUCUCGCUGCCGUCGCAGAGGAUCGACCGAUUCGACGAUUCCAUCGCGGACAUACUCGGCGGGGCGGGUAAGGCUGGUCUGACGUUCGCCCCCGAGGCUGGGACCCAGCGACUGCGAGACAUCGUCAACAAAGGACUCACCAACGACGAGUUACUCCACGGCGUCCAGACGGCGUACGACAGGGGUUGGAGAAACGUCAAGCUGUACUUUAUGAUCGGUUUACCUGGCGAGACGGACGCGGACGUGCUCGGCAUCGCCGAGACGGUGGAUUGGCUCCAGAAGACGGUGGGGGGCAACAAAGCUCGCAAGAGGGACAGGCUGACGCUCACCCUGACCCUCUCCAACUUUACCCCGAAACCGCACACGCCGUUCCAGUGGCACUCGGUGUCCACGGAGGAAUUCGCCAGGCGGGGUAAGCUCUUAAAGGACGCGCUCGCCAAGGUUCCCAACGUCAAGUCCAACUGGACGUCCAUACGGAUCAGCGCCAUGGAGGAUUUCAUCGGCAGAGGCGACCGUUCGCUGUGCGACGUCAUUCGCAGGUCGUGGGAGCUCGGCGCGCACAAAGCCACGUGGUGGGACGGCGCCGAGUCAUCGUUUCAGUCAUUCGACCGGGCCAUCGAGGAGGCGGGUUUGACGUGGAAGUACCGUCAGGUGGUGAACGGCGAGUGGGACGUGCUGGAGAAGCUCGGGGACGGGGAGUACCGAGGGCAAGGGGGCGGCGGGAAAGGGAGGGUCGACCGAGGAGCGCUGGCGGAUUCCCGCCUGGACGCGCCGCUCCCGUGGGACCACAUCGACACCGGCAUCGCCAAGUGGUGGCUCAAGGCGGACCUGCAGAAGGCGCUGGAGGGGAUCACCGUGCCGGACUGCUCGCACAGCGGCGUGUGCACCGAGUGCGGCGUGUGCGGCGACGAGUUUGGCGAGAACGUGGUCGCGGAGGUGCCGCCGCUGCCGGUGUUUGAAGGGCACUACGAGCCGGAUGGCCGCCGCACCCAGCGCCUGCGAUUUCGGUUCACCAAGGACGGCAAGGAAUCCUUCAUCGGGCACCUCGACACCCUCCGGCUGCUGGAACGCGCGUGCCGCAGGGCGUCGCUGCCCGUGUCCAUGACCCGUUCUCCGUACAGCUCCAGGCCGAGGAUCUCGACCGCGAUGGCGCUGCCCCUGGGAGCGAGCUCGGAGGCGGAGAUGAUGGAAAUCGUGCUGACGGAGCGGAUGAACCCCGAGGACGUUCGGGCGAGGCUCGCGGAGGAGCUCCCGGCGGGCAUGCGCCUGACGGAGGAAACCAUGAACGAACUGCUCCAAUCCGCGGAGUUUUUGGUCCACGUCGCCGUGCCCGGCGCCGCGGCCAAACCCGCGAUAGAAUCCAUCGGAGGCGACGCGCCCAGCUGGGACGUCGAAGGAGGCGGAGCUUUCUUUGACGCGGGCAAGAACGGCGACGGCAUCCCGGAUGCGUCCGCCGACGAGGACGACGCCGACGCCGCCGCGGAGGCUGCGGCUGAGGCUGAGAUUGCCGCGGCCGUGGCUGCGUUCGCGAAGGCCGUCACCCCGGCGGAUUGGAAACAUUGGGUCGCCUCCGCGAUGGCGCUGGAAAAGUUUGAGAUAUCCAAGACGUCCAAGAAGGGAAACGUCCGCGUGGUGGACCUCCGCCCGCAGCUGCUCGCCCUGGAGCACAUGGACCAACCCGAGAUUGACGAUUCGCUGAGGGGCAGGCACGUGCCGAUGCCCUCCGUUUGUCCUCCCGGCACGGCUAUACUUCGCUUCCGAGGCGAAUACACCGGAGCCGGCGGGCUGAGCGUCGAGGGGAUGUGCCAGAUGCUCUCCCACGUGUCGAACGUGGCCAUCACGCCGCUUCACUCGCACCGCGUGCGCAUCGACCUCGGCGAGCCGACCCCUCCCGUCGUGGACAAGCUGUGGCUGGAUAACAUCGUCAGAGCGGAGGCUUUCAUGGCUCUGGAGCGGCGUUGGGACCCCGCGGCUGGCGUGAACAACCGGGGGCACAUGGGGGGCGGCAACAAGGAGGGCGAUCGCAUCGACAAUCACAGGAGCUACCGGGCGGAGGAACCGCCGGAGAAGACGUCGAAGAAGAAGAAGAAGUAA